AUUUCUUAUCUUUCCAAAAUAGAUUAUUUCCACUACCGAAUCAGUUGGUGAUAUAAUUCGUGGCAGCAUGAAGCGCGCGUCAAGGAGAACCACGAUGAUUCUUCAUGCGGCAUCUUCGCCACCUGCUACGCGCGCAGGUUUGAAAAGGCGACGAACUAUUGCUAGCACUUCCGAAUUGGACGACGAAAAGCGCCAAGAAGAUCUGAUGACAACCCCUCCAGAUGCCCAGCAAAUUCCCGAGUGCUCAGCGUCUCUUUCGCCGUCGAAGCGAAUGUUUUGCUCAAUCGAAGAGCCUGACGAAGCAGUUCUGCGAGCUAGGAAGAGUCCCGUUAAAUUGUUCGGCGAGAAUAUCGACCUGGAGCGUCCGACGGUCGCAGCCGAAGAGAAGGCUUCCACAAAAUCAGUUUCCAAGCAGACUGUCUGGCCUGCUCCAUCUUCGAAGUUCUUGUCUCGAGGAGCUAGAAUUUUAGCCAUGGUUUCCGCAUUUAAAGAUGUACCCACUGAAUCGGCUGUGAAAGUUAAAAACGAAGAAAUGGCUCCCCCCGAUGAUCUCGAAAUUCUGACGAACGGAGUUGUUGAGGACGAACAUCCUGCUCCACUAGAGUCGUUGCCGAAGUUCGAUGCCCCCAGGCCAUGGGCGAGGCAUACGUAUUCUCCAUCUGCAUCACCACGGAAUGGUAUCUUGAAAGUAUCUCCGUCACCGAACAGCUGUUCCGGGCACCGCGUAAAGUUCCGUAAAGAAAUCGACAAGGUCGAAAUCCCCGCGGAAGGUCGACUGAAGAGCACGAAAGAAGCUACCAGUAGAGCUAAACGAGGGCUUCGAUACAGAGACACAGCCGGAGGAGGAGAAUCCCCCCGAAAACGAAGAUGCAUUUCGUUGGCCAAAGAAGCUGAAGAAGAAGCUGCACAAGUCAACAGUGACGCUAGCAAUGACUCGCUGAACGAUGACGUGUUUGAAGAAAGCAAGCCUGUGGAAGAUAGCGGUAUUGGGGAUAGCGAGGAAGGCAAGGAGAAUAGUCGUCCGGAACCAGCCAAAGAAGAGGAAGAAAAAUAUGCGGGAUUCUUCCCCGAGCUUGUGGAUUGCAAGGAGUCAGUAGAGGCUAUUGUUAGAGAACUUGCUCCUGCAAAUUGGGCACACGUUUUUCUCAAGUGCGUUCGGAAUUUGGGCGUGGCUACGAUCGGGGAUUUUGCCAAACUGAAAGAAGAACAAGUUUUAGGAUUGCCAAUAGCGGUUUCCAAUCAAACCGCUCCGUUGGAAUUCAUUCGAAAGAAAUUGUCGUUGUUCGUUGACCAGCCUGUGAAGAACCCUCCGCCACCGGAGAUCGUGUGCGUCAAUGCGGAGUCGAACACUGAAACAACGCUGGCAUCUGUUAUGGAACUCAUACCACAGUUGUCUGCCGUUGACCGCAUUUCCGUGAUGAAGAACAUUUUCAACUCCCUUGGGUCCAACGAGGAAAAAAGAGGCCCGCUCAAAACUUUGUUGAAGGAAAAUCUCCUAGUUUUAUCGUCGGCUGAUAUCGUGGAUUGCGUGGAUAAUCAUGACGAUUUAGUUGAUACCAUUCUACUGCGUCAAGGAAUGUCGCACGAGAGAUUUUCCCGUUUAGCUACUGCUGCUGGAGAUGAUGCUUUGAGGCACACGUUGCAAACCGAAGAAAAAUGGCGAAAGUCAUUAUUACGCAUUUCAGCGGAACGGGACUUGUCGGAAUUUUCUGAAACGUUCGUAGAAGCAUUAAAUACGAGUGAAACACACGGCGUGGAAUCCGUGAAUGUGUGCAGCAAAAUAUUUUCAUCGAUGCCUGGCGAACAAAGGCGUUUGUUGGGGAAACGGAACAUGGAUUUCCUUGUGUCUGCCGCCAGCAAUGCUCAUUUACCGGAAUUUUUCAACAAGUUGAAGCAGCAUUUGAACGUGGACUCGUGGAGAGCCUUUAGGAAGCAUCUUCAGCCGGAUUUUACUGAGGAAGAUUGCGGCACGCAAACGGAAGCACAGCCCGAAUACGAGUUUGUUGCUUCGCUCGAGGAAUUGCAAGCGAGGAAUUCUAGAGGUGUCAUACAACGUUCUACGUUGAUUUUAUUUUGGCGGAUCGUACCGUUUUUUCCUCCUCUCGACUACUUUCCUAAAACAUGGCAAGAUUUUUUCGUGAACAAGACAUCGAUGUACAGAGAUUGCUUCUAUCUGUACGCAAGAGAUGGACACAUCGUUACCCUUGAUGAACUGUCAGUGAUCAUGCGUUCUUUGGGAACCAGUCCGACUAUAAUCGAGCUGAGGAAAUACUUGAAGGAUAAAAAUGGAAGAAUGUCCUUCGCGGACUUUUUGGAAGUGAUGCACACACAUACGCAGAAGGAGAACAUUUCGGAAGAAAUCAAAAAGGCCUUCCGUGCGCAUGAUGUUGGCAGGAAAGGGGUAAUUUCUGCCAGGGAUUUGAGGCACGUUCUUCUGCGCUGGGGCGAGAGACUGAUGGACCAGAUUUUCCGUGAAGCGAAGAUUGCUCCGAACGGGAUGGUGAACUAUGAUCAGUUCGUGAAGAUCGUUUGUGCACCCGUUCCUGACUACUAUUGAAGUCAUGAAGUUCCUCGGAAAAACAUUCCAAGCUGCGUCGGAGCCUGUUGUGGUGCAUAAAUUCGGUGGACCAAUUUUUCUACAUUAUUCUUGUACUUUCAUUGAUCGAUACAAAUCUUAGAUUUUAUUCCUUCUGUUCAAGCUUUUGUUUGAAAUAUUUUCACCUCUUGUUGAAAAUUGCGCAUUGCCAAAGAGUGCUAUUUCAAAAACUGGGAUCGUUAUAUUUAUUUAAAGUUUUGUGAAUAGUGUUCUGAAAUUCGCUGAGAUUGUUUGGGAACGCAUUUGAAAAUUUUCGUUGCGAAAAUUUUGCAUGGGGACCAACGACCAAUCUUGUGUAUUGCAUUUUAAUUUUAUGGACGUAGCGCACUGCAAAAAAAAAAUAUAUAUAUAUAUCACCGUU